GUUUGGAUUUAAAUCAAAAAUUCACAUCAUUCACAAUAAGUCAACUCGAGGACAGGUCGAUCUUCCAGAUCUUGGAUCUUAUAACAGUGACUCACUUCUUGUAUGGAUUAUAGUCUUCCUUUUCUUUUGCAUCCAUGAGGAAAGAUCAUUGGAGUAGCAUAGUCCAUUUCCACCUCCUGUGUCGCUUCCUGUUCGCCUUCUCUGUGCUCUCAUCAGUAUCCUUGAUCUUCUGGUCUCAGUCCUCUGCGUCCUGCAACGGCGAAGCCGCUCUCAACCCGGAGAAGCGGAACGAGUCCUUCCAUCUCCUAGCCUUUCCCUCUGCGCUGAACCAGCUUUCCUUCUCCGCUAAACCUCCGCGGAGGCUCCUCAAGGUCGCUCUCUUCGUGAAGCGAUGGCCGCACCGCAAUCUCGCCGGCGGACUCGAAAGGCAUGCCUUGACCCUGCAUCUUGCGCUCGCGCGAAGAGGCCAUGAGAUACACGUCUUCACCACCAAGUCAAACGCCACCUUCCCCCGCCACAACGACGCCGCCAUGAGCUUCCACCAGACCCCGCCCUCCCCUGCUGGUUACCUCAACCAGGCGCUGGCGUGGGAGCAGUUCCAGACCGAGAACGCCACCGGCAGGCCCUUCGACGUGAUUCACUCCGAGAGCGUCGGCCUCCUCCACGGCCGCGCCCGGAACAUCAGCAACCUCGCUGCUUCUUGGCACGGGAUCGCCUACGAGACUAUACAUUCCGACGUCGUCCAGGAUCUGCUCCGCGGCCCCGACGAACCCCGGCGGCCUACAAUAACGGAAAGGCUCUCCAAAGUGAUCGAAGAGGUGAAAUUCUUCCCCCACUACGCGCACCACGUCGCGACGAGCGAUCACGUCGGCGACGUCCUCAAGAGGAUUUACAUGAUACCGGAAGAACGAGUUCACAUCAUCGUGAACGGGGUGGCCGAGAGCAUCUACAGGCCAGACCAAAAGAUGGGAGAGGAGUUUAGGAGGAAGGUCGGGGUACCUGACCGCGCGAGAUUAGUGAUAGGACUAGCAGGAAGGCUGGUGAAGGACAAAGGACACCCUCUCAUGUUCGAGGCACUGAAGCAGGUCUUUGGUGAGGAAGAGAGAUUCCAGAGGGACGUCUUUGUUCUGGUUGCUGGGGAUGGGCCGUGGGGCAACAGGUACAAGGAGCUCGGACGAAACAUCAUCGUUCUUGGUCCUCUGGAGCAAAGCGAGCUUGCAAAGUUCUACAACUCACUCGACGUUUACUUGAAUCCGACCCUCAGAGCACAGGGACUGGAUCAUACCUUCAUCGAAGCAAUGCUGUCAGGGGUGGCCAUCGCCGGCACACGGUUCGCGAGCAUUACAGGCUCUCUGAUAGUAGGAUCGAACGUCGGUUACACGUUCUUGCCAACAGUCGAGUCACUGAAGGAGUCCCUGUACAAGAUUAUGAAGGAUGGGAAGCAGGUUCUGUCGAAGAAAGGGGAGGUCGCCAGGAGCAGAGCGCUGCAUCUGUUUACGGCCACGAAGAUGGCCGCUGCUUACGAGAGACUCUUCCAGUGCAUCUCCAAGGAACCUGCAGUAAAGGACAACAUCGAUUACUGCCGAUACCCUCUUCCAUGGGAUUCGGGUAAACUGAAGUAAGACUCAUUUGAUGGUACGAGAUGGAAGUGAGAGUAUUGAAGCGUUUACAGUGGCAGUUUUCACAGGGUUGAUGAAGCUGAGAAAUUUGGGAGGAUGCACAUAUAAAACAGCCUUCAGAUUGAUCCAUAAGCAUCACCAUUUAGAUAGCUGCCAAUGAGCUGUGGAUCCACCUGGAUUGCUACGACGAUCCCCAGGGCGCAAAAUCUUGCGGACUGCUGGGGCUGCGGAGUGCUGAAACUGGUUGAAUAUUGGUGCUUUAAUUCAUGCAUGUAUUAACUGGUAGCCACCCUUUUCUGUGAUCAACCAUGACAAUCUCACUGUACUGAACACCUUUAGCAUUUCUAUUAAUUAGUUGACAAUUAUGAGAUAAAAAGUUUAAAACUUAGUUGAGCACUUAGCAUAAAGAAGCUUCCAACCUUCGCAAGAAUCCACACCUUCAAUGCCAUGUCAUGAUGAAGUUAAUUAUGGCCUUCAAAACAAACAAAAGAUUAAAGCACUCGUAUAUUAACCAGAUAGAUCAUAGACGAGAAAAAUAUAUCAAUAUUUAACAAAUUUCUUGUGCAAUGACUACAAUGAGCACCAGCAUCUCAAAUGUGAAGAUAGCAGCCAUCAUCAACUCCAAAGUAAUCAGGUUCAAUAAGAAACUGUUUCUUUUCCUCUGCCAAGAACAACAUCCAAGUGAGUGGAAAGCUUGUUCUUAGAUGUUACAAGCAAACCUAAAGGAAGAAAUGGCUGUCGAAUCCAACAAGAAUUUUUAUCUUAUGUGGUAUUGACUAAAGUACAGAAUGUCAGGCAAACAUGAUAGUCAAACAUAUAUAUAGUAACUGCUCAAACUAUCUCUUUCGAGUGAUGAAAAAAUUAGGGGUAAAGAAAGCUAAGCAAAACUGCUAAAAGUGGACAUGAUCAAUAUUUAUUAACAUGUCAAACACAGCUCGUGAACCUGCCCUGACACUACCGAUCCAGUAAUUUUCGUUGAGCCCAAAACCAUGUGAUCUAAAUUGCUUAGCCCUAGAAACCAACAAAAUCCUCCUCCCAAAUUUAACUCUAUUCAGAUUUGCUUUCAGCUUAUUUUUCUUAUGUUAUUCUCAACACAUUUGUUCUUUCUUCAAUCUCCGACCAGGUCUUAUGACAAGUGACACUAAUCAAAUAGAUGAAAAAGAAGGAAGCACAACAUAUCAACAACCAUACACAAGUAUAGUUACCCAUGACACCUAAGAUAUUGGUCCUUUGGUGUCAGAUGCUGCAAAAAUAACAUCAUGAAAAUAGAAAUAUGAGCAUGGCUAUUUAAUUACAGCAUAUACGUGACUAAAGCAUUUGAUUUGUUUCUAGCAACAGAGCUUUAGUUUGUUUCUGGGUGCAAAAAGUUAAUAUGCCGAUAUUAAAAGUUUUAGAACUUAAACUAAUCCUCAGAGGAGUCAGAAUUUAGACAAUAAAAUAGAGGGAUAAGAAAGCUAAAGACUAAAACAAAAUUUGACUAGACAAUUUUAAAAUGAUCAAAUUUUUCAAUGAAGAAAAUUGCCUAUGAGAUCAUUAGUCGAGUUUCUUAUGGUUUGUUAUCUCACCCUAUAUAGUUGAGAGAAACGAUAGAGGUCUUCUCCAAUAUCUGAUGAUAAUCAGAAAAUUGGCAUCAUAAACUAUGAAUGGUACUCUACUAUUUGUACCAGAUCUAAUGACAAAUGUCCUUCGAUAUCUAUUUAUUCUCAAGCCAUGGGACACACCAUCUUUUUUCCUUUGAGCCCAUAUGAAGUAAAGAUUAUGGGUUACAUAUGAAAGGGCAUGUCCAUCCAUAGUCUAUCUUGGACGGUCAAAGAUUGUGCUGCAUGACUACAGAAGAACAAUCAAAUUCAUGUCAAUUAAUUCAAGUAUCAAGCAUCCACGAAAGAGAAUUGAUACCACAAGAACCAUAUCUAAUUUCAAAACUAUGAUUAUAGUUCUCCCAGUAGAAAAAGAGCAAGCACAUAAAAUUCCAAUUAAAAAAAUAUACUAGGUCUAUAAUACGGCUCCCUGCUUUAGCAACCUAAACAAUUUCCCUGUCGUAAACUCAAUCUCUAUGUGAUCUUGCGAGUAAGCUGACAAGGGAUAAUUAAAGGUGAUAAUCUUAGAAGCAGAAACAUAGAAUAGAUGAGGAGAGCAAUCCUAUCGAAUCAUAGAAGAUCACUGCGGUUAGCAAGUAGCAGCAAAUCCUCGCCAACACUAAUUCAUGCAGUGAUCGGAGAACUAGCAAUUCAACAAGCACAUGGCAUUGUUCUCAAAUAAAGUAAAUCUAACUUGAAUUGUCAUUUCCAGGCCCUUAAAAGUUGAUGGUUUCCAUUAAUCUCAAAAAAGAAAAGAAAAUAAGUAUAAUAGCAAUCACCAGCAAGAAUGCGAGAUGGAAGUGAAGGAUGGCAACCUAGGCUAUUCGAGGGACCAGUAGAAGCAUUGGCCCCGAGGAUAGGAGUGCUGGUCUCCGGAAAAAUCACCUGCCGUGCUGCGUCUCCGCGAAGCUAUCUGCGCGCCAACAAAUGUAAGAAAAAUUCUCGUAAUCGCAAUUGACAUCAACAUCAGAGAAUGGGGAAAGAACAAGGAAAGGAAGAAGAAGAAGGGGGAGAUGAGCAUGUUGCGGAUGGUCUGGGAGACCACGAUGUGCUUCUUGUUGACCACGAACUCGAAACCCUCGGCAGUUAUCAGCUUCACCGUCUCCUCUUUCCCUCUGUGGUAUCUUCGCCCUCCACUCCGCUUCAUCGCCACCAACACAUUUAGGGGUUG